GCCUGAUCAUGAGCAGAGGAAGUGCCGAAUAUUUAUUUUCUUCCCGAGAACACGCCUUGAUUGGCUCGACCUAAUUAGCAUUGAUCGCGUGCUGGCUUGGCUCAGGGAGAGAUUGCGGAUGUGACGCAUUAGCGUCAGGUGACUGACAAACAAGCCUUGAAGGGAAGCACAGGACUCAGACCAUUGAUUUGUCCUCGCCUGGAUGGCACAAGGACAUGCAGGUGCACAUUAUCAUUAGCCGUCCAGAUGGAGAGAAUUUCCAUAAAUGCAGGUCUGUUUCCUAGUACAUAUUACAUUCACUUAUACUGUAAAAUGUUUAUUUUAUGACUUAAUCAAGGUCUAGCUGUUAAAAAUACACCUGUUUGCAGCGUUUAUGUAGCAUGCUGUUUAAACUGCAAAGUCAUGCUAAACAAAAUUGAACUGACCAAUUCAAAAUGACUGUAUGAAGCAUUUUUAAAAUACGUUUUAUAUAUAUUUUCAUUACAUUUUACAAGCCUGGACUGUUAACAUUAAUGUAAUGUACUGUAGAUGUAUUUCGUUCAUAAAUUGAAAGUCAUUGGAUAACCAAUUUGGAUUACUGGAUAACUAGGUGAUCAGUAUUCCUGUAAUAUGUGGUUCAGUCAUAGGUUUCAGUCUUAAAACAUAUUCAGUUGUCCUUUAGAGCUACUGAAGAAAUCAUAAAUUGUUUGGUUUUGUUGUUAUACUGUAUAAUCAUAUUUGCCUAAUCAUACACUAGCAGGAGGAAAUGUGUUCUUAUGAAGGCUGGAAUUGUGCAGCGCUUGGAUACCUAUUUACUCGUCAAGUGCCUGGGUAAUAAUUGAUAGAUUUCCUGAGAGGACAAAAAACGGGCCCAGAUGGGGCCAGGUGGGUUAUACCACAGUUGCAAACAGCUCAGAGUGAGUCAUCUACAGUGGACAGCAGCUGUUCCAGGCACAGGGCUGCACACAUGGGAUAGAUUUAGCAAACUUCCAUAUCCCGGUGACAAAGCCUUCCUCUAUGACACUUUCCCUGAAAAGUUCAUGUGGGCUGUCGGCACCGCUGCCUAUUCAGUUGAAGGAGCCUGGGAGAAAGACGGGAAGGGUAAGUCUAUCUGGGAUACUUUCACUCGCAGUGGGACCCGGGUGUCCAGAGGCGACGUGGGCAGUGACAGUUAUCACAACAUCCCGGGAGACCUACGAGCCCUGCAGCAACUUGGAGUCAGUCACUACCGAUUUUCUCUGUCCUGGCCGCGCAUCUUCUCCAACGGCACCAAAGAAAGCUACAAUGAAAAAGGUGUGGAGUAUUAUAAAAGUCUAAUUCGAGGAUUGAAGGAAAUUAAAGUGCAGCCUGUUGUGACUUUAUAUCAUUGGGACCUGCCAGAGAGUUUGCAGACCUUAUUUGGAGGCUGGAGCAAUUCAGUUAUGGUGGAACUAUUCAGAGAAUAUGCAGAUUUUUGUUUUAAAACAUUUGGAUCAGAUGUGAAAUUUUGGAUUACCAUUGAUAAUCCUUUUGUUGUGGCCUGGCAUGGGUAUGGAACUGGGGUUGUGGCACCUGGUAUCAAAAAUGACUCCGAUUUGCCUUUCAGAGUUGGACAUAAUCUUCUAAAGGCUCAUGCAGCAGCCUGGCACUUGUAUGACAACCAGUAUCGUUCCAGUCAGGGUGGGCAAGUGUCCAUGGCUCUGGCCUCCCACUGGAUCAAACCUAGCAGAACCAGGCAGGAGAACAAGAAAGCCUGCCAGUGUUCUCUGGACUUUGUGCUCGGCUGGUUCGCCCGACCAUUGUUUGUGGAUGGAGACUAUCCACCCUGCAUGAAACGCAAUUUGACUCACAGACUGCCGUCAUUCACGGAGGCAGAGAGCUUGUACGUUAAUGGCACGGCAGACUUCUUUGCCCUGUCUCACGGACCUGCUCUUAGUUUUCAGCUGAUCAAUGACAGUCUGCGCUUUGGCCAGACAGAAGACCUGGGUCUGAGGAUGCUGCUGUACUGGGUCGGUGCCGAGUACAACAAUCCUCCCAUUUUUGUGGUGGAGAGCGGCUGGUAUGGAAGUGGCAACACGAAAACAAAGGAUGCUAAGCAUAUGUACUACCUGAAGCGCUUUAUCAUGGAGACUCUAAAAGCAAUCCGCUUUGACAGAGUAAAUGUGAUUGGUUACACAGCCUGGUCUCUGCUGGACGGGUAUGAGUGGUACCGUGAAUAUGGAAUACGACGAGGGCUAUUCUAUGUGGAUUUCAACACUCCUGAUCUGAAAAGAGAGCCAAAGACAUCUGCCACUUUCUAUAGCAAACUCAUAGAGAAGAAUGGCUUCCCUCAGCUGCCUGAGAACCGGCCCACACAGGGCGUCUUUCCCUGUGACUUUGCCUGGGGAGUUGCAGCCAACUCAAUACAGGUUGAUACUAUACCUACCCAGUUUGCUGACCCUAGUGUUUACAUCUGGAACGUUUCUGGAAACGGAGAGCUGAAAAAGGUCCCGGGUGUGCUGGUGCCCCCUAUGCACAGGAGACACCACUGUGCAGAUUACAGCAGCAUCCUCCAGCAGGUGUCUGACGUGCACCGUAUGCAAGUCUCACACUUCCACUUCUCCCUCAACUGGUCCUCCAUCACCCCAACAGGCCGGGUGUCUGAUGCUAAUGAAACGCUUCUAAAAUACUACCAUUGCUUUGUCAGUGAGCUACAAAAGGUUAACGUUACCCCUGUUGUGACACUUUGGCACCACACAGGGAAACUAUCCAGCCUGCCGGCACCCAUGGAAGUUGGUGGGGGCUGGCAGAGCGCGGAGACAGUUCAGGCCUUUGCAGACUAUGCUAGAUUGUGUUUCCAACGACUAGGAGCUCAUGUCAAACUGUGGAUCACGCUGAAUGAACCUAAUGAUGAGGAUCUUGAAUACACUGUGGGCCACCAGCUGCUCCGUGCGCAUGCGUUAGCUUGGCAUGUCUACGACACUGAAUUUCGCAAAGCCCAAGGUGGUAAGGCAUCACUGGUUCUUCAUAUGGACUGGGUCGAGCCUGCGUUUUCUUUCAACAGAGAGGAUGUUGAGCCUGCAAACCGAGUCCUGGACUUUCGAGUUGGCUGGUUUGCAGAGCCCAUCUUCGGAAGUGGUGAUUACCCAGCGGUGAUGCGUACUUGGCUCCAACAGCGAAACAAUAUCGAUCUCUUCAACUACCACUUACCCGCAUUUAGUGAUGAAGAUCGGCUGUUGGUUAAAGGGACCUACGAUUUCUUCGCCAUCAGCCAUUUUACUACCUCGAUGGUGUACGAUGGAGUGGAAGACAAAUACACCUUCAAAGACAAGCUGCAGGUACAGCUGAUAUCUGACGUGACCUGGAUCAUGUCUCCAAGACGCAACUCUCCUGUGGUCCCCUGGGGUCUUCGCAAGGCACUGAACUGGGUUAACUCUCGAUACAAAGGUGUUCCCAUUUAUGUGAUGGCCAAUGGUGUUCAAGAGGACAUCGCUAGGUUUAAGGAUAGCUUGCGCAUCUACUACCUUUACAAUUACAUUAAUGAGGCCUUGAAAGCAUAUAUGCUGGAUGGAGUCAAUCUGAAGGGAUAUUUUGCAUAUGCGUUCAGCGACCAGCGGGACCCAGGCUAUGGUAUGUAUGGUCAUGUGCAGGAGGAGGUCAUCUCAAAAUCUUCACUGGCCCAUUACAAAAACAUUAUCCACCACAACGGCUUCCCUGCCCCAGGCUCACCUCAACAACAUUGUCCCCAUGCUCCAGUGCACGGCUCUAGACGUUAUGUCCUCACCAAGCAGCCUGUUGUUGGCUUUCUCUCUCUGGUGAGCUCGUGCAUGCUGAUCACAGUGUGCCUUGUGAUCUACUAUGCAGUCAAAAGACACAAAAUAGCCACCAAAAAAUGAACGAAAAUGGUUCCAGUGGACUCUUUUAAUUUAUUUGUUUUAAUGGUUAGUUUGACAACCUACAAACUAUGCUUUUGACUCUUUCUUAAAUUGUAGUACUUCUCGAAUUUCUUAAUGGGUACUACACAAGCCAGGAAGGCCUGGAUAAUUAUUUAACUGCAGCUUUACCAUGUAAAAACACUAUUUAUUUGUAAAAAAGCAUAUUGCAUUAUUUGGUCAAGUUUGCACAACGGUUUGGGUUUUGCACAUGAGUUGUAAAAUAAAAGCUGGGGGGAAAGUAUUUUAUUCUAUUUUGCCACUUUGAAGAUCCUACUAUGGUUAGCUUAGGUAAGUGAUGUUACAGAUAUAUCUAUAUCUAUUUAUCUAUCUAUCUAUUUAAAGUUGUAGCCUACUUAAUUUUAUAGUGAAGUAAUUUUGAUAUCUUUCAUUUUUUUAUUGCCCAUAAUUUAUAUAUACACUUAUAAUUUUCUGUAAAUGUUAGAAAGUCAUGCAAAUCUAUUUUGCUGUCAGGAGUGGACGAGUCUUUACACAAGUGAACAAGCGCUGCUGCGCACAUGUGCGCUAAACCGACGGAGUGCAAUAGAAUAGGAGUGCAAUCAUUUUAAGUAAAAUAUACUUUUUGCUAAAAUAUUUGUUGUCGGACAUUAAAUGUGACACAUGUAAAAUUUGUGUGUAUGCAAAACCUACAUAUAAGUGUAUUUUUAUGAUAGCAGUAACUGCACAGUUCAAAUUAGUUCACAUGUAUUCCUCUUACCAGUUAAAAUGCUAGUCUGUUUUCUGUUAUUUAUUUUCAUUUUUAAUUUAGUGAUUUUAACUUUUAAUUCAAUGUUUUUAAUGCUUUUAAGAGUAGUUUUAGAGUGUAAUGUUUUAAUGUUAUACUAAUAACCAUAAAAGGUACAGCUGUCGUAAAAACCAGAGAGAAAGGCUGCAUGGCUUGAAGCUGCUGAUCGACUGAAUGUGCAAGCACCUGUUAAAAUGUUUUCAUAUAUCCUAAAACAGUGUCAUUAAAUCCUGGACACAAUACAUUAAAUACAGUCGGUUGUAGCCUAUAUUUUUAUUUAUCUGAUUUAUUAUUUAAGUUGCAUUUUCUGUAAACUUUUAUUUUUGGACUGAUAAUAAAGUCAAGUAAUUGUA